AUGUCAAAUAGCGCUCCCGCCGGAAGACCGUCCGCGCAAGCCUCGACGGUAAAUGGACACCCUCUCCGCCAUGACUCCGUUUCCUCUUCAACCACCUCAAGUCCCUCGUCGAGCUCAAAACCUAUAGCCAUAUCACGGGGGACGAAGGGGAAAAACGCGUACCAUGGCAGAAGCCCGCCGUACAAAAUCUCCCGGGCAAUCACUUUUGCCGAGCAGACACCUCCAUUAUCAGAAAGAGAUAGUAUAUUUGCCGACCAUUAUGUCUCACCACGGAGCGAUCCUUCCUCUCCAGCAGAAAGAUUGACACAGUCUUCUUCGCCGAGCACACCGCGGAAGGUGCCCCUUGCCAUGUCGACCAUGGUUGCUCGAGCCGUCUCCCCUCCAGAAACCUCCAAGACUGUUCGACCCCAAACCUCCAGAACCCUCGAAUGGCUGAAAAGGUCAGACUCCUCUACGGACAAAGAUCUCCCAUCCCCAUCCUCUCGAUCAUCGUCGGGCACUAUACAAGGCCUCAGAAGAAUACCCUCGGAUGGUCAGGUCUGGACUAAGAAGUUCCAUGUUACCGUCGACUCCAUGGAGGGACGGGGUGGCAGGAGUCAGGAUACCAAGCACAAUAGGCAGGAGCAGUAUGGCGCUCACAACGAAGGCAUCUCUCAUGGAUCAGUGGACAGGGGCGAUUCUAUGAGAGCGGUCAUGAAAGAGGGGUCACGAACCGAACGCAGUGUCAGUCGUGGACGCCAACAUGUGGAAAAGAGUAUUGAGGCUACCGUCAAGAACCCAGAGUCGAGUGGGACAGCUCGCAGCAGAAAGGCAAGCCAUAUGAUGGGCAUAUUUGAUCCUCGCUCUGAUAUUGAAAGACCAUCAUCCGUUGUUGGCGAGCUUAGUCGUCAGAUUGCUGAAAGCAGAGAAGCUUCAAAGUCUUCUUCUCGGCCUGCAACCCCUGCCACUCAAGAUGCUGUAGCAGGAUGGACUUCACUCAGAGACUCGAGUGGCUCUUUCGAUACUGCUGCUCCAGACGCACGAGUGACAAAUGGUCAGGCUGGAGCUUUAGACUCCAAAGCAGUGCCUCCGCUCAAGCAUGAGCAUGAUCCAUACUACCGCCAGCAAGACCUGGCCGAGCAGCCACAUGUGCCCUCAAACUUGCUUGAAGAGAUCAGAGGGGCAUAUCGCAGAAAGAAGACAGACGAGACUGUUCAAGGUGCGAAGACCGAGACCACCCUCGCAGGCGAUCCACGCAAGCCUUCGGGACCACGGGAGGAUGAAGAGGAGCAUAUCUCUGCGGCUGUGUACUACCCUCACCCGGGUCCUUCGCCUGAGGACAUUGAACGCUUCACGUCUCCAGAUGAGGUUGUGGCGGACAAGAAGGCUCAAGCGAGAAAACCCGGCGUCAACACAAUUCUGUCUACCGACAAACCAGUCGAUGUUCCGGGAGCUACUGAGCACAUCGAUAUCUCGGUGGUGUCCAAGAAUGAUAAGAAGCUCUUUCAUGGAAAUUAUCGGCCUGUAGAUGAAACACAGUCAGAUCUACCGUCUCCAGCACUCUCGCCAGUCGAAGAAGUGCCCGCCAGUGCGAUCAUCAGCGCUUCAGAGUCGGAGCUCGAAUCAGGCGAUGAAUAUGGGUUGACAAGCCAGACAGACGACAUGUCCACCACGCCCACUCAGCGAAGCACACUUUCAAGGAAGCCGAGUGAGGCGCGCGUGCCUCACACAAGAGCAAAAGUCGUUCUUGAACCGUAUAAGCAUCAAGUUGGAGGUCAUUCGACGAUAUUUCGCUUUUCCCGUCGGGCUGUCUGUAAGCAGUUGAACAACAGGGAGAAUGAGUUCUAUGAAAGGAUCGAGCACAGACAUCCGGAUAUGCUCAAAUUUCUUCCCAGAUAUAUUGGGGUCUUGAACGUAACGUUCUCGAAAGGUCCCAAACAAGCGGCAAACUCGGGAGCAACAGACAAGUCAGGAACUAAUGGCUCUGACGCGAGUGAGGUACAGUCAGCCGACGUGAAUAGAUCAGACCUACCAGCGGCAGGCUCCGAAGUCACUCAGCAGAUGCCUCAACCCCGGAUAGUGAGCCAUUCACAACAGAUCGGCAGUAUCCCCCAAGUUAUCUUGGAACAGAACAAACACAUCAUCCCAUCAGACUACUUCGUGCUACCGGAACGACCGCGAAGUGCCGACCCAAAUCAUGGACGUCGCCGCAGCAAGGACUUUGACGUAUCGAGUGCACAGGUGCACGACGAGACGCAAUAUCCCAGAUCACUCAUCCGGCCGUCGAUGCCGGAGCACUCCAAUAGCUGGGGUAAUACGUCUGUCAAUGAAGGCCUGAAAGACAAAAUUCUCCGGGAAGUCUUUGGACCACCCCCAAUCCAGUAUUACCGCCGCCAUCUGCAUACACAUAGCACAAUGCCAAGGCUGAAGGGCGGUCAUGGUAGUCGCCGAAGAAGCAAUCUUUCGGUAAAUUCACUACCUCAGAGGGACCAGCAGGCAGACGAAGAAUUGAACCAACCACGGCAGGAGCCAUCCUCUAAGACUGAAACCCCACAGGCAACUCCCAUUAGCAAAAUACCCUCUUUGAUUGAGCAAAGCACAGAAGGCGUGUACUCGUCGUCAGCGUCAGCGUAUGAAGAUUACAAGCUUGAACAUGUCAAGACGACUGGGAGUGACCUUUCAAAUGCUUCAAGUGCGGAAAGCAGAGCGCAUGUGAAGAGGCGUCACUCUGGUAUGGGUCUACGCCGGCGGCGAAUGUCCGUCAACGAGAAGCAGAAUCCCGAUCUUGAAUAUUUUGAAGACGAGGCUUACUCUACAGAUGUUGGUCCAGAUACUGGAGCCGACGUCUUCGCCAUGGACCAGGACCAUAAGACUGAUGGUGCCGGCGACGUCGUUAAGCAACCGCAAGCUCCAAAUGUUGCAAAAAGGAAGGUUACGGCAGACGAUGCAGAAAAAUGGACCAGCCGAACGGGCGGUCUCUCACAAGUAAGAGAACAGGACGAAGCUAGUCCUGUUCCUUCCAACCCAAAAGAGGCGCAAUCGUCGACCUCUGGCGAUCGAGUGGCGUAUUUCAUUCUAUUGGAAGAUCUUACCAGCGGUAUGGGCCGUCCCUGCGUGCUAGAUUUGAAAAUGGGAACCAGGCAAUUUGGGGUCGAAGCCACCAAAAAGAAGAUGGAGUCUCAACGGCGCAAAUGUAAGAUGACCACAUCUCAGCAGCUGGGUGUCAGGAUAUGCGGAAUGCAGACUUUCAACUCCAAAACGCAGAAGGCGUCGUACGAGGACAAGUAUUACGGCCGUGAUCUCAAAGCUGGGCGCGAAUUUCGAGAAGCUCUGACCAGAUUUCUCUAUGACGGUGUCAGCUAUGCCAGUGUGGCACGCCAUAUACCAACGAUCCUGCACAAGCUCUCUAAGCUUGAGAGCAUGGUCAGACGGCUACCUGGGUACCGAUUCUACGCGAGUUCGUUGCUCAUGCUCUACGAUGCCGAGCCGCACAAAUCUCGUGAAGCUGAAGAAGCGGCAAGGAAUGGCGUUGACAUCGCUCAACUGAAGAAGAAGGAGGGCAAGAAAUGGCCACCGCCAAUCGACAUCAAGAUUGUGGAUUUCGCCAACUGUGUAACCGGCGAAGACGAACUUCCACCCAAUGCACAAGCACCACCAGCUCAUCCGCAGGAUAUUGACCGUGGGUAUUUGCGAGGCUUGAGAACCCUCAAAGCUUAUUUUGAACGGAUUUUGAGCGAUAUCAAGAACAACGAUGUCAAAGAGACGAGCGGGAGAGAGGAAUUGACGACUGACACCAAUGAUAUUGCUAAGGAACUCUCCAACUCCGGCCCCGAAAUGGCAGAAGAAGAAGGAGAAGUCAGUGUAUAG